AUGUCUCCCAUUCCAUUGCCUCCUGCCGAAUUAGCAGGCCUGAUCGUCGAGACCGUAUUCUUUGGAAUGUAUCUAGUAACCUUCUGCGCUAGCAUCUAUGUUCUUCUUUUUCAGAAGUCGACGUCGCAGUAUCGACCGACGAAACCGUUGACACUGAUAUCCAUGCUCAUUUUCCUCUGUGUUCUCACGCACUGGAUACUGGACAUAUCGCGAGCAUUCGAGGCAUUCAUCCACCAUAAGCUAGGAGACCCUGCGGUAUACUACGCGGACCUGAGACAAGGGCUCAACGUUGCGAAAGCCAUAUGUUACAUUCUUGAGACUAUCGUAGCGGAUGUAGUUCUGGUCUGUCGUCUGUACCACAUCUGUCCAUUGAGAUACCAGAUCAAGCUCAAGAUAUGCAUACUGCCUGCUUGCACCACAAUUGGUAUAUUAGUUGCUGGGAUAAUGGUCAUCUACCACUUCGCCACCAACGACCCGGAAGUUCACAUCUUCACAUCGAGGUUCCGACCUUGGAUUACCAUAUACUUUGUGGCUACGUUAUUUACAAACGUGUACUCUAGUUUGAUCGCAUACUGGGUAUGGAGAAGGAACGAAUCCAUGAAGGAUAUCACGGCCACGCCUUCACCUGUUCCAAGGGUGCUGAAUUAUAUCAUCGAGAGCGCUGCCAUCUAUACCAUAUGCACAUCAUACACGUUUAUUGCGUAUCUCUGCGGGUCCAACAUUCAAUUCCCUGGUGUAAAUGCGGGUAGUCCCAUCAUCGGCUUCGUAUUUAGCCUCAUCAUAGUCCGAACUCGAUUCCAAAGCCCUCUACUCAUGAGCACCUCCAUGAAUGCUGUCUCCUAUUCGCUCUCGUCGUCUACCUUUGCAAAAUCUGACACAAAUCAUGUGUGUGUAAAGAUAUCUCGCGAUGUUCAGGUCAAGAGGGACACAUGCGAUGGUGCAUCAAUCACCGGAGACGGCGAGACGGAGGUGUCCACUGAGGCAGUUUGA